AUUACCACAUAUAUAAAUACGUGGGUUCGGUUCUAGCAGCAUAUCAUUGUACAUCUAAGAUUCUAGAAAGACACACUUUAUUCGCUCAGCGAAAUGAAAUCGUUCGUUUGCGUUACUGCCCUGGCGUCCAUGCUGGCCGUGGCUAGCUGUGCCCCAUACGUGAUUCUGCUGGAGGAAGCUCCUGCAGUUCGUGUGGUGCGUUCGGCUGGAUAUGGCAAAGGAGCGGGUGGCGGUGCCUCGGGAAGCGCUGCCAACGCAGGUGCUCAGUCUUUCAACCAAGGUGGAAUUGGAGGAUUCCCAGGAGGAUUUGGAGGUGGUCUGUCUGGAUCGGCUGCUAACGCUGCUUCCCAGUCGUUCACUCAGGGAGGAGGACUUGGUGGUGGGCUGAGCGGUAGCGCAGCCAAUGCCGGAUCUCAGUCAUUCACUCAAGGAGGUGGUGGACAUGGCGGUCUGGGUGGUAGCGCUGCCAACGCUGGAGCUCAGUCAUUCAAUCAAGGAGCCGGUGGAUUUGGACAUGGCGGUCUGGGCGGUCAGAGCGGAAGUGCUGCCAGCGCUGGAUCUCAGUCGUUCACCCAGGGUGGCGGUCAUGGUGGUGGUCUGAGCGGUAGUGCCGCCAAUGCUGCUGCUCAAUCAUUCAACCAGGGUGCUGGAUUCCCAGGAUUCGGAGGUGGACUUUCGGGAUCGUCUGCCAACGCUGCCUCGCAAUCGUUCAGUCAGGGAGCUGGAGGCUUCGGUGGUAUUGGUGGAGGUCAUGGUGGUCAUGGCAAGCACCCAAUCGGAGUCCACUAAACGGUUAACGCCAGAACGACUGUCAGGGAAACUGGUUUAUGACUUCACGUUUGUUCAGGGUUAAUGAUCAUUUGGAUGCAGAACACAAAGACGACACGGGAAUAACAGGAAACAAUAAGUAUUUUUGUCAACCGUUGCAGACACGGGAAUUACGAUUAGAUUGCAGAGGGAAACCAGUUAAAGUUAUAUGAAAAAAGGUCUGUUUUUUGCUCAAAGUUUAAACGGUCGACAUGUGAUGAUUAAUUUUAUAAUAAACUGGAUGUAAUGUUGCGUACACAGAACAA